AUGUCCAACACCGCUGGUGGAGGGGAUUCCAAGCUGUUCGCUCGGGGCAAAGUCGCGGAGCUGCGCCUCGAGCUGAACAGUGGCGGAAAGAAGGAUAAGAACUAUGCGACCAAGAAGAUUGCGCUCAAGCGGAUUGUAGCAAACAUGACGAUGAGCAACAACGACAUGGUUGCGCUGUUUCCCGACAUUAUCCAAUGCAUGCACAUCUCGAGCUUGGAGAUCAAGAAAAUGUGUUUUCUGUACCUGGUCAACUAUGCGCGAGUUCGACCAGAGAUUGCGGUCAACGCGAUUCCGAUAUUGGAACAUGAUAUGGAAGAUUCCAACCCCCUGGUGCGAGCGCUGGCUCUGCGGACCAUGUCGUAUAUCCACGUGCGCGAGUUCGUUGCCGCCACGGUUCCUCUAGUUAAGCAUAUGUUGAGAGACUCGGAUCCAUAUGUACGAAAGACUGCUGCAUUCUGCGUCGCGAAGCUCUACGACCACGACAGGCACAUGGUGGAGCAGUCAGACCUCAUCGAUCGACUCAACUCCCUGCUAAGGGACGACAACCCCACAGUUGUUGCCAGUGCGCUGGCUGGCUUGAUGGACAUCUGGGAGAGGAGCGAUGCUAUCAAGCUGACUAUUGAUUACACCAAUGCUUCCAAAAUGGUUGCUAUCCUGGCUGACUGUUCCGAAUGGGGUCAGACAUACAUCCUGGAGGCGCUCAUGUCAUAUGUCCCUCAAGAGUCAGGAGAAGCAUCACUUCUGGCAGAGCGGAUAGCUCCUCGACUCUCUCACUCCAACUCAUCAGUUGUCUUGACCUGCAUCCGAGUGAUCUUGUACCUGUUGAACUAUAUCGCGGACCAGAAGCAGAUUUCGGCACUCUGCAAGAAACUCUCUCCACCUCUGGUGACCCUGUUAGCCAAAGGUCCCGAGGUACAGUAUCUCGCGCUUAGAAACGCCCUCCUCAUUCUGCAAAGGCGGCCCGAGGUGCUGCGAAACGAUAUCCGCGUCUUCUUUUGCAAAUACAAUGAUCCAAUCUACGUCAAGGUUACCAAGCUGGAGCUCAUCUUCAUGCUGGCCAAUGAGAAGAACAUUGACGAGGUCCUCACCGAGCUGAGAGAAUACGCCACGGAAAUCGACGUCCAUUUCGUGCGAAAAGCUGUUCGCGCCAUUGGCAAGCUCGCCAUCAAGAUUGAGCCCGCGGCCCGACGAUGCAUUGACCUGCUCCUGGAGCUUGUUGCAACCAAGGUCACGUACAUCGUCCAGGAAGCCACAGUGGUGAUUCGAAACAUCUUCCGCAAAUAUCCAAACCAAUACGAAUCCAUUAUCGGCACUCUAUGUGAGCACUUGGACUCACUUGAUGAGCCGGAGGCCAAGGCCGCCAUGGUUUGGGUCAUUGGCCAAUACGCAGACCGCAUAGAAAACAGCGACGCGUUGCUGGAGGACUUCCUGUACUCGUUCCAGGAAGAGCCUGUAGAGGUCCAGCUGGCGCUUCUUACCGCAACGGUCAAGCUUUUCAUCCAGAGGCCAACCAAGGGCCAAGAGCUGGUGCCAAAAGUCCUCAAGUGGGCCACCGAAGAAACAGAUAACCCCGAUUUGCGUGAUCGGGCCUACAUGUAUUGGCGACUGCUGUCAACCGACAUGAACUCGGCCAAGAGCAUCGUCAUGGGAGAGAAACCCCCUAUCACGGCGGAGUCAGAGCGGCUAGAGUCAUCAACUCUGGAGGAAAUGUGUCUCAACGUCGGCACCCUAGCAACCGUGUACCUCAAGCCGGUGCAGUCUGUCUUCCGUUCUGCCAGGCCGCGAAAGCUGAUUGCUUCUCCGGCACUGCAGAAGCAGUAUCUAUCCAACGACAUUGAAACCCAGAAGAGCAUCAGUAUGUUUGGCAACGGAAGCCAGCCUACCAAUAUCGAUCUGAGGACGCGCAACGCCGUCCCUUCGGCCGCUUCGCCCGCUGCCAAUGGAGGCGGCAACCUUGCGCAGGCGGUGAAUGACGCAGACGCCUACUUCUCCAGCAUUGGGACGCAGCAGAUGGCGGCAAUGAGGAUAGACGGCGGGGACGAUGGGUUCGGCGGAGGAGGCCUUAAUGGCACGGGCUAUGUUGUCAAUGCUCUGGCACCGCAGGCCGUGCUGCAGCCGGCGCAUGGCGAGGGAAGCAACGGUGACUUGUUGGUCUUGUAG